AUGGUUAAGCGCCGCCAUGCCCAUGAUAGGUCACUGACUCCUUCGCAGUCAAUUGCGACAAAAUGCCAUGGUAGUGUCUUCGCGUCCCCGCUCUUAAAUUCAGCAUGUUUUCACAUCGUACCAAGCCUGCUCGUGAUCGUUGUCGCUGUCACUGCCGUUAUGCUAGACCUGACCACUAGCACAUUCUACGUGCAGUCUUCAAAGCUUCAGAUUUUGCUUAAGCGCUCAUUCAUCGUUUGGAUUUGUUUAACUGUUCGGACGCAGCUCACAGAUUUUGUAACUCCACCCCAAUUAGCGCGUCGACGUCAGUCACUUAAAACAGAGGUAGUUCGCCACACCCGAGCGCUUUUCGCUGUUGUCGCUGCUAAUUUGCUGGGGACGACUAUUAUCCGCCCGGUGUUUGGUGCUGCGCCGCAGUUCGAAGAAACGGUUAAGCUUGUAAUCCCCAUCUACGUGUUGGUUGUGGCGGUGGUCGAUGGUUUUCACGUUCCUUUACCACUGCUGAAGGCGACAGUAGGGCUGAGCGUUAGCUGGUUGAAAGCUGUCACAAUACCCAAGUUGAUUAGAGAAUGGAAAGUACAAACAAGUGGGCAUCCACUUGGAUUUCUCGCGAUUUCUACUGCCAAUUUGUACGCCAGUGGUGUCGUGCUGCGGUACUUGACAAACUACAGCCGGUCUAAUCACGUGGUUCAGCUGUCCAUAGGUACAUUUAAAUUUAUUCUGCAGAGUGCAGUAACGAGCGCAACUGUUGGAAUUUUAGCAUAUCUCGCUAAUCAUUUCAUCACAGAUGAUCGGCGGAUAUUGGAAGCUCGAUUCCUGUACUUUUGUGUGACGUGCGAUCUGGAUUUAGAGGGAGAACGAUACGGACUCCAAACAUCCAUCAACUCAUAA